AUGGCCGCAGGUUCGAGGAAGCGAAGGCGUCCAGACGGGCGUACAGCUUCACCGCCCCUCGGUCCAUCUCCCUUGCUCGCUCGAAACCUCAACCUCCUACCGGUCGGCCUCACUCAACUGCCCAACGACGAAACCUUUGUCGUUCAGCUCAGGCACGAUGUGAACGAUCUGCUGUCCGCAUUUUCCGAGGCGCUGCUGCUCAAGCUGACUCAGGAGGGCCAGCUCUCGGCGCAGACUGCGAUAGCUGGACCGUCGUCAAGUGCAGCCAUACCGGAAGACGUGUUGCGUAACACCGUCUCACCAUUCUCGGUGUUCGCGCAGAUGUGGAUACGGAAAGGAUGGCAUUAUGUCCAGUUUGCAUUUGCGGACCACACGGAAAGUAAGCGAGCGAUGGGAGAUGCCAUCUGCCGUGUGCUGUUGGAGCACCUGGAACCCUACCUUCGAACCCAGAUUCGUGACGACAGCCAGAUCCAGGAACAGCAGUGCCGAAUGAUCUCUUUCACCGAUGUCAAACAGCUGUUCAAAAUCAUGGCAGUCCCCUUCGCGCUUUACCUCUUCUGGUCAUCGCAGAUCUAUCCUACCUCGGGCAUCGGCGUCAAGCACUGUCGACCAGCCAUGGAGCGGAUUCCGAUCGAACAAGAUUACUACGACCUGCUGCUGGAUCUCCCAGAGGCAAUCGCGAAGCGCCUGAAGGAGGAGCGGACUACGAAUGCGCACGCAGAGGCUGCCGCAGCAGAUCUAACCGAGGUGCUCUGUCUCCUGAUAGGUCAAGUCUCCGACGGUGAAGGCGGUGAUCUCCUGUCGAUGCCGGUCUUGUCAGCCGCACAAGCAAAAUCAUCGAGCAAAUCUGGGGGCAGGCAGCCCUGGCAAGACGACACCACUGCUGGACAGCACUCGAGAUGGAUCGGAACCGAUACGGUCUUUGACAUCAUCCCGGCAUCAAAUGUUGCAACUCGACUGCCACGCAAUUGGCCUUCCGUCCACGUCAUGUCGUCUCUGGAAGCCAACAAGGAGUUCGGCAGAAUUGGUACUGUCGUGCGCAUCUCCAGCACAGCCGAGGAAGGAUCAGCACGAGCUGGAACAACGGAGCCGAAGACGGAAGAGAGAGAAGCCGUUGCCGGUCUCUCGCGUGGAGACGUUGUUCGGCUGAAAGCACGACAGCGCCUCGCUAUGGCUAGCUUUAGCGUCUCCAAGCUACUUGGCCAGCCGACGCGCAGCGCAGCCACACCGGGAACGGCAGCACCAUCCGACUUGCUGGCUCAAACAGCACCGCGCAACGUUGCGGACACAUCGUCCCGAUCGACAAGGUACGAAGUCGAAGUACCAGUUUGGAUCAAAAGCGCCAAGUACACGGCCAAGAUGCAGCCCUGGCUGGAGGAAGCUUCAGCAACCAAGCAGGAGUCGGUACGACGAGUAGCUCGAAGCAAGCAACGAUACCGCGAAGCGCGAGACAAGAUCAUGCGUGCUGAUGCAAACACAACCACAGGCGCAGAAGACGAUCGACAAUCUGCGAGCAGAGUUGACUAUGGCGAGUGGGUACUGCGGAGCUUCCGAGAAGAACGACAGGCGUUGCAAAAUCAAGUUGCCAGUGUUACUGCGCGGCGAACCGGAUCAUCCGACGACCACACUGGCAACCUGCCAAACGUCAAUGACGCAGGCACGCUCAGCAUGGAUUCGCUAUAUCGCCUGGCGGCAGAGCGGACCAAGACAGCGGCAGUGGAGCGCGGCGAGAUGCUCAAGAGUGCGAAAGCCUCGAGCUUACGCUUACAGUAG